AUGUUUGUCUCGAGGGUUCUUUGUACUACACUGAAGCGAACGACCGGACUCGUCGGAGUUCCCGUGAUUCCCAAUGCCCGAUCGGUGCUGAUUGAACUGUAUGAUAAAACACUGGAAAAUGUGAAGAAGAUCCCUGCGAACACCGAAUAUAGAAAGAAUGUGGAGGCGUUUACCAAAUAUAGAAAGAACGUAGUUGAACAAAAUGAAGAUAUCAAGACAAUCGAGCGAAUUAUUGGCUGUGGUCAAGUGGAGGAGUUGGUGGAACAAGCCAACGAUGAACUCUCGCUGAUUGAGGAUUAUUAUCAGUACAGAAUCUGGGAAGGUCCGAAGGUCGAGGAGCCCUGAAUGUUCUUUUACUUUU